AUGUCUUGUGACUUCCAUGGCAUCCUAUGGCAUCGCCAGGCCGCCUCCGCGGGCAUGAUUUGGUGCUUCGUGCGCAUCCCAGGGCGCUCCAUUUCCCACAUCGCCGCGGAGGUGGCUUUGAUGACACAUCCUCAUGUGGUGUUGAUGUCGGCAGACACUGGCAACGAACAGCUUGGACUGACAGAUGUGACGCAAAUGAUUUGUAACAUCAUCGAGUUGCGAAGCAGACAGAACUGCAACUUCGGUGUGAUCCUGAUCCCAGAUCAGCUCUUGACGUCUGUAUUCGAGAUGAAGCAACUCUUCAUCGAGGCUCCUGGCGGUCCCUCCACCUUGACAUGGAAAGACUUGAUUCCAAUCCUCAACAUGUUGCCCGAAGCCCAGUUGAUGCCUUGCCUUGGGCUGCCGAUGUUGCCCCCACUGACGAGGGCUUUGUUCCAGUCCUUGCCGGAGCGCAUCCGGGUCCAGAUCUGCCAAGCAGUGGUAGAGGGUGGUGCGGGCACCCGUCAAGGUGGCACCAUUGACCUGGGAACCGUCGAGACUGAGAACAUCUUUCGCAUCUUGGUGGAAGCUGAACUGACGCGUCGUGUGGUGGCAGGGAGCUACAAAGGUCCUUUUCAGGCCAUCAGUUAUUCCUUGCCAUACCAAGCGCGUUUGAUCCUUGGCACCCCACUGAAGUGCUCAGCUGGUGCAGCAAUGCCUUCGAAUUUCGACUGCGAUCUGGGCUACACCAUCGGUUAUGCAGCGGCCACCUUCAUCACUGAGGAGCGGACGGCUUUGAUGGUGGAUGUGACCAAGCUGAAAGACGAUGUAAAGAGCUGGGAGGUAUGGCACGGCAUGGCAGUCUUUGGGACGCCCAUCUCCUCCUUGUUGACCUUCAGCGCUUCGGAGGUUCUCGUGAAGAAGUCGGUGGUGCCUGCCCCGGAUUCGCCCAAGUCAGAGGGGGAGUCGGCCUUGCCCACGGUGGCCAACUACUACAUCCAGUGGCCGCGCAGCCGAUUGCUCUACGACAUCAGCUAUGAGCGCAGCAUGCCGGAGCCGUCGGGGGACUCUGGCUGGACGAGUAUGCCAGGCAUGCCGCCGGCCAUGCCGGGGGCAAUGCCUGGGGCAAUGCCGGGCGCAAUGCCGGGCAUGCGGCUCGGCUCGGGCAUGGGCAGUCUCCCCUUAGCACAGGCACAGAUGGCGGCCCUGCCGGCGCCGAGAGGCGGAGCACGGGGAGCCCCCGGCCCAGCAGCAGCCAUUUCCGACGCCGGGAGCGAAGGCGCGAAGAAAGAGUGGGUGAUCAAACCAGGUCUCAAACCAGGAGAUUGGACAUGCCCUAGGUGCGAUGCCAACGUAUAUGCCUCCAAGUUCAACUGCUGGAGAUGCGGUGUGUCGAAACGUGGGGACAUGGAAGCGGGCUACAUUUCGGAGCACGGCAGGAUCCAUCCCGACAUCCGAGAGCUUUGCGACGCCUUCUACGUGGAGGAACGUCAUGUUGAGAAGCUCAACGAGCUGAUGAAGGAACGGGGGACGCGGUAA